UAUCCCAUCACUAGCUCCACUCCUCUCGACUCUUCUCCACUGGCAACGUUGACUGGGUCUGACAUCGAGUCAUCAUGAGUAUCCGCACAGGCGCCAGAACUUCCUCCAUUUCCCUUACGGGUGGAUACGGACGACGCAUCUCCGCUGCCCGCGCACCAAGUGUCUACGGCGGCGCCGGAGGCAGCAAUGUGCGCGUUUCGUACGCAGCCAGCACCAGGAGCGGCUUUGACCUCUCUCAGGCUCUGGGUGGAGGUGGAGGUGCCGCGGACUUCGGUGCCGGGCUCGGUGUCGGUGUCAAUACAAAUGAGAAGGCUACCAUGAUGAAUCUGAACGAACGUCUGGCCACCUACCUGGACAAGGUCCGCACUCUGGAGAAGAGCAAUGCCCAGCUGGAGCGACAGAUUCGCGAGUGGUACGAGACGAGAACCAUCGUCUCAUCGGACUACAGCAAAUACCAGUCAGUCCUCGAUGACCUGCGCAACAAGAUCAGCAUCGCCAGUCAAGGCAACGCCAGGAUCGUCCUCCAGAUCGACAAUGCCAAACUUGCUGCUGAAGAUUUCAAACUCAAGUAUGAGAAUGAGCUCGUAAUGCGCCAGUCAGUCGAGGGAGACAUCGCCGGCCUCAGGAAGGUCCUGGACGAGCUGACCAUGACCCGGUCCGACCUGGAGAUGCAGAUCGAGGGUCUGAGAGAGGAGCUGGUCUACCUCAAGAAGAACCACCAGGAGGAAAUGGCUGCCCUGCGGGCUCAGAUGACGUCCAGCUCGGUGAACGUGGAGGUGGACGCCGCGCCCCAGGAGGACCUGUCCCGCGUCAUGGAUGAGAUGCGCACGCAGUACGAGGGCAUCACCGAGAAGAACCGCCGCGAGAUGGAACAGUGGUACAAGGUCAAGUUUGACGACCUCAACAAGCAGGUGACCACCAGCACAGAGGUCCUCCAGACGUCCCGCACCGAGGUCAGCGAGCUCCAGCGGACCCUGCAGUCCAUGCAGAUCGAGCUGCAGUCUCAGCUCAGUCUGAAAGCGGCUCUGGAGGGCACUCUUCACGAGACAGAGUCCCGCUACAGUCUCCAGCUCAACCAGCUGCAGUCCAUCAUCAACAGCCUGGAGGCCGAGCUCAACCAGGUGCGCAUCGACAUCGAGCGCCAGGGCUCCGAGUACAAGAUGCUGCUGGACAUCAAGACCCGGCUGGAGAUGGAGAUCGCCGAGUACAGGAGACUGCUGGACGGAGAGGAGAUUCAAAAAACUGUCAUCAAGGUGGUUGAAGUUGUCAAACCUGACCCACUCAUUACCAAGAGGGUGAGGACUAUCGUGGAGGAGGUCGUGGACGGAAAGGUGGUCUCGCGCGAGGAGGACGUGGACAUCGAGGUGCUGAGUGGAGCCAAGUCGUAAAAAACCCACCCCAUCUUCUUCCACACCCCGUGACCCUGGAACGAACCCAACAAAAUCAGGGAAGCUAAGGCUCUGAGUGCAAGAAACAUCACAGUUCAAGCAUAACACUCCAACAUGAAUGCUAUGUUUUUUUGUUUUGCACAGCAAUAAAAAGUAAUUCAAAAUCA